AUGUCAACUUGUAGUUCUAGUUCAAGUUCCUUAUUUUGGAUACCCACGGAUACUGAAGAGCUAUUUGUUAAAGCAGAAUUGGUAACAGAAGAUCCUUCAUCAAAUAAUAAUUCAAAAAAUGGUAAUUCAGUGGAGCAACAAGUAACCUUAAGAAAAUUAUCUGAUAAUAAACAAGUACAGGUUUCGAUAAAUUACAUAUGGCCAGUCAAUCCAAAUAUUUUUGAUAAAGUAAAUGAUUUGUCUGAAUUGACCCAUUUGAAUGAACCAUCGGUUUUGUAUAAUCUCCAAAACAGGUAUAUGGAAGAUUCGAUUUAUACAUAUUCAGGAUUAUUUUUAGUUGCAAUUAAUCCAUAUAAACAGCUAAAUAUAUAUGGUCAUGAAUUCAUUAAAAAAUAUCAUAACCAAAAAGCAAAAGAAGAAUUGAACGUGCAAACAUCUUCUGAAUAUAAUUCAAAUGCUAGAAUUAAUAAUCAAUUACCACCACAUGUCUAUAAUAUUACAGAAAAUGUAUUUCAAAAUCUAUUGAAAAAUAAACAAAAUCAGUCAAUUUUAGUGACAGGUGAAUCAGGUGCAGGUAAAACAGAAAAUACAAAGAAAAUUUUACAAUAUCUAACAUCAAUUACAGAAGAUCAUUCGAUUGAAAGUUCAAAUAAAUUUGAAAAGAAAAUAUUGAAUAGUAAUCCAAUUUUAGAAUCAUUUGGUAAUUCACAGACAGUGCGAAAUAAUAAUUCUUCAAGAUUUGGUAAAUUCAUUAAAAUUAAAAUUUCAAAUUUUAAUCAAAAAAUACUUGGUGCAGAAAUAGAAUGGUAUUUACUAGAAAAAUCUAGAAUAAUAACACAAACCAAUGAUGAAAGAAAUUUUCAUGUAUUUUAUGAGUUAUUAGCUGCUUUAAAGCAAGAAAAAUAUGCAGAUUUAAAAAAAAAAUUAUUAAUUGAGUCAACUGCUUAUUCUUCAUACAAUAUUUUAAAUGAUAUACAUUCGUCCAAUGACGGUAGAAACUUUGAAGAUCUAAUUAACGCUUUGGACACAAUUGGAUUUUCUGAAACAGAGAUUUCUGACAUUUUUAGAAUUAUCUCAGCUAUUUUGCAUAUCGGUAAUCUACAAUACAAUCAUACAACUGGUAAUAAGAAUGAUAAACAGGCUAGGUUUUCAAAUCCAGAAUUAUUAAAUAAAAUUGGUGAAUUAUUAGGAAUAACAGAUAUAAACGAACUGGAACAAUCACUGAUAAAACCCAAGUCAAAAGCUGGUAAAGAAUGGGUUGCCAAAUCGAAGAAUAUUCAACAAUCUAAAUCAAUUUUACAUGCUUUAUCAAAAAAUCUAUACACAGAUUUAUUUGAUUACAUUGUUGAAAAGAUAAACAAGACUUUGAACCUAAACAACACAGAAAUCAAUUCUGAUGAUACGGGUUCAUCAUUGGAUGUAAAUUAUAUUGGUUUACUGGAUAUUGCUGGUUUCGAAAUUUUUCAAAAAAACUCUUUUGAACAAUUUUGCAUUAACUAUACUAAUGAAAAGCUUCAACAAUUUUUUAAUAAUCACAUGUUUAUCUUGGAGCAAAAAGAGUAUUUAAAAGAGAACAUAGAUUGGGACUACAUUGAUUUUGGGAAGGAAUCAAAGGCUACAAUUGACUUAAUUGAAGUUAAAAGUUCUAAUCCGACUGGUAUAUUGCCUCUUUUAGAUGAAGAAUCUAUAAUUCCAAACUCAAGUGACGAAUCAUUCUUCAAUAAAUUAAUUAAUAAUUGGGGUGAUAAUAAAAACCAAGAUUCAAGAUUUAAAAGAUCGAAGAAGCCCGAUUGUUUUAUUUUAAAGCAUUAUGCAGGUGAUGUUGAAUACGAUACCCUAGGGUGGUUGACAAAAAAUAGAGACCCACUGAAUGAACAUUUAUUAACUAUUCUGUCCAGCUCAUCUGUUAAAAUUAUUGCUACUUUCUUUGCAUCUGAUGACUAUUAUAAUAACUCAAUUAAGGUUACAACAGCAUCUAAACAUAGAGAACAACUGAAGUCAUUAGUAGAUCAAUUGCAGUCUACUAAUCCCCAUUUUGUUCGUUGUAUUAUACCAAAUAAUUCUAAAUUACCAAUGGAUUUGGAUAGGAGACUCGUUUUGGAUCAAUUACGUUGUAAUGGUGUUCUAGAAGGUAUAAGGAUUGCUAGAGAGGGAUAUCCGAACCGUAUAUUAUUUAAAGAGUUCUAUCAAAGAUACCACUUUUUAUUAGAUAAAAACAUGUUAACUUCAUUGGAUUUAAGAAAUUACAAGCAUAAUUGUGAAAUAUUAAUAUCGAACAUUAUGAACAUCUCUCCUACUUUAUAUAAAAUAGGAAAAACAAAAUUGUUCUUCAAAGCUGGUGUUCUUGCCAAUAUGGAAGAAAUGAUUGAAGAGAAAUUGAUGCAAGUAACUGUUAAGUUUAAUUCAAAAAUCAAGGGUUUGUUGGUUAGAAAAUCAGUGGAACAUGAACUCGCAGAAAUUUAUGCAACUCAAGAGAUUGGACAAUCAUUCAGAAGCUAUAAUAAGUUAAUAAACUCCAGUCCUUGGUUUAACUUGUACAUUAAGUUAAAACCUUUAUUGAACUCCUCGGAUGAUAUUGUUAAAAAUAGGAAAAUUCAAGAAAAUGUUAAAAAUAUGGAAGAGGCAAUAAAAAUCACUGAGUCUCAGUGUGUAGAUCUGACAAGGAAGUUAUGUGACAAAGAGAGUGAGUUAACCAAUGUACAAGCUUUAUUACAGGAAGAAUCAAAAAAAUUAAAAGAACAUGAAAUGCUAGCUGAGGAGGCAAAAGUUCAAGAAGGUAUACUUACAGAAAAAUUAGAUGAAUUAAGGACAAUUAAUAAAGAAAUAGAAAGUAAUCAAGCAAUUCUAGCUUCUGAAAAUAAAGACUAUAUUGAAAAAAUUGAAAGUUUGGAAAAGUCUAUCAAUGAACAAGAGCAAGAAACGAAGACUCUGUAUGAAAAACGAGAACAAAAGUAUAUAAUUGAGAUCAGUGAAUUAGAAGCUGAUCUUAAAGCCAAAAAAGAGACUUUACAUUCCUUGACUUUAAACAAUAAUGAAUUAACUGAUAAAUUAAGUAAGUUAACUAAAGUGGAGUCCGAGCAAAGGUUGAAAAUCAAAGACAUGGAGUUACAACUUUCUAAUUCUGAAAAUGAUUUAGAUUCAAAAUUGGUAACGUUAGAAAAAAAUUGCAAUGUAGCAUUAGUUCGCUUAAAAACUUUACUAAAUGAUAAUUCUAGUUUAAAAACUCAAAUUGCAACCUUAAAAAGAGAUCAUGAGUUAUUUGAACAGCAAUUAAAACUUAAAAUAGCAGAGACAGAUGCCUUACAACAGAAAUUGUUUCAACAGAAUCAAACAUUAAAAACUUUACAACAAGAAAAGAGUAAGAUUUUGUUGGAAAAUACUUCAAUGACAAAAGAAUUGAAUAAAACAAAAGAAAAUUUAAAGGUAUAUAUCCAAAAUUUUCAAGAACUUGAACAGAAGCAUAGAGCUUUGGAAGAACAGCAAAGGUCAGUUAAAAGUGGUGAUGAAGGCCGUAUAAUGAAACUAGAAACACGUAUAUCUGAAGAGUCUGCUCGGAAUAAAAACUUAUCUGAAGAGAUUAAAAGAAUGAAUAAUGAUAGAGCAAUGGAAUUGAGUAUCAAUAGAUCAAUUGUCAACGAAAGUGAUCAUAAUGUUGAAAAAAUGGCUUCUAAAAUUGAUUUAUUGGAAGCGGAGUUACAGGAUUUAACGGUAGCUUUUAAUAAGGCCACUGAAAAUGAGAAGAAUAUGACUUCGAAAUUGAGAUUUACUGAAACAAAACUAGCUUCUACAGUGCUAGAAAUCCAAACUGUUACUUCACAGAGGAACAAGUUAAGGAAAAUCAUUGAAAGUUCUGACUUGAAGGUGAAUCUCGAUAAUGAACUUCUCAAAGUCGAUAAUACUUCAGAGAUUAGUGCAAAACAAUUAACUUUAGAAGCACAAUAUUUACGUAAACAACUAGAAAUAGAGACAAAAGCACGUUAUGAUGCUGAAGCCAAACUUUCUUCUCUUUCUAAAAAGUUUGAAAAGUCAUCAGGAGAUGCUAUAUCCUCGCCUAAUUUGAUAACAAAACUUAAAGCUAGUGAAGAAAAGGUCAGACAAUUAGAAAUUAGAUUAAAGAGCAUGAGUCCACUCAGAGAUCGUACAAACAUUAAUCCUCCUGCUGGUAAUAUCUUUUUAAAUAGAGAAAAUAUUGGCAAAUAUGAGGAUGAAGUUAGAUUCUACAAAUUAGAAAACUAUAAGCUCCAAGAAUUUCUAAACAAUGCAGAUAAAAAAAUUAAUUCAUUAGUUCAUUCUUUAAAACAAUCGGAUACGAAGACAGCUUUAUUAAUUGAUAAUUUAGAGAGAUUAAAAGUUGAUACAGAAAAAACUAAUGAACAUAAUGAUGUAUUGACUUCAAAGUUGAAACAGAAUGAGACACAAUUAACGAAUACAUUUAAUCAAUUGGAUAAUAGUAAUCAUAAAAUAGCAGAACUUUCCCAUGCGUUGAAUCAAGCCGAAAAUGAUGUACAAGGCAUGGCAAAAUUAAUUGAUGACCUAAAAUCAACUAACAAAGAAAUGGAUAAAUCAAUAUGGGAUGUCGAGAUGCAAAGAAACGAUAUUUCGACAAAAUUACAAGAAUGCAUGGUAGACUUACAAAAGAAAGAUGACCAGAUAAAUAUUUUAAAAUCCAGUAUUGAUCAUUACAAAGGAGAAAUGAUUAAAAUGGAAAGUAAUUUAACCAAUGUAGACGAACUAGAAAGAUUAAGAGAAGAAUUACAUUCAUUUUCUAAGAUUGAAACUGAAUAUAAAAAAACGAUUUCGAACUUGAACUAUAAUUUAGAGACAUUACAAAACGAUUAUGAAGCUAAUGUUGCAGAAUUACUGAGAGAAAAUAGUCAUUAUACUAGCAAGUUAGAACAGCUAACCUUGGAUAGGGAUAAUAUAAUAGCAGAAAAUCAAGAUAUUUCUAAGAGAUACAGUGAAUCAAUUGUUACUCAAAAUAACUUAAUUAAAGAACUUGAUGAUAUUAGAGAUUUCUGUGCUAAUUUAGAAAAGAAGCUUUCUUCUAUGGAUAUAGAAUUAGUUACAACAAAAGACAAAUUAUAUAAGACUAUUACGGAAAACACAGAUCUGUUGAAUAACAAGGCUUAUUUAGAAGAUGCAUUGAAAUUACAAGGUGAACAAAUUGAAAGAAGCUCGCAAUUAAUUGAAAAACUUCAAAUGGAAGUUAAUGAUUCUAAAUUGAAGUAUGAUGAUCUAAAGCAAAAAAAAAUCGAUGUAUCGGAAGAAAACACAACAAUCAAUAAAUUAAACAUGAAGCUAAAUAAUGACAUUAAAUUGUUAGAAAAGCAAUUAGCUGAUACUUCAGAAAAGGAUUUGUGGUCAUCAAGGUUGAACGAAUUACAAGACCAACUAACAUCAGAGACCAACAUGAAGUAUGAAUUAAUUAAAGAAAAUAAGGUCCUUGGAAAUGAUUUAGAAGAUUUAAAAAAUUUAAACACUAAACAGAUGGAAAUCAUAAAGAUAGCAAAUGAAGAAAGAAAGAAGCUUGAAGGAGAUUCGAUGGAAUACAUCAAUAAAGUCAGUAAUUUGGAAAAACAACUAAGUAAACAACAACUUGACAUAAAAAGAAUGAUCCGUGAUAAUUCAUAUUUUGAAGAGAAGGUUGAAGAACUGGACAAAGAAGUAGAAUAUUGGAAACAAAAAUUCCAAUCUUUGAGUCCAAAUAAAAAUGAUGCUAACGUUAAUUCCCAACAAAUAAUGACAUAA